CCAGCUCCACCCAUCAGCAGACGCUCUGUGCAGCUCCUCCGCGUGCCGGCAACCGGGUCAGCAAUGUGUACGCCCGCGCGGUUCAACGUCGGAUUGACGCCAGCGCCAGCCGGCGACAUGGGCAGCCUUAACUGCACAGAGCUGCCAUCAGAUGGCAGGACCAUCGACCGAUGCAGUGAUCUAAGCUUCGAAUACGAGCUGCCGACGUCCCUCGUAUGCGGACUAGGUCUUGUCUUCGGCAUACUUUAUACCCUGUUCGGGUACAGAUGCUUCAAGGCUGUCAUGUUCCUCACUGGGUUCACCUUCGGCUCGGCGGUGGUGUACCUGAUCUGUGAGGAGCAAGCUGUGCUGCCACCUCUCGGGAACGCAGGAGUUUCACUGGGUGCCGGCCUCCUGUUGGGCGUCAUCACGCUGCUGGUGCAGUACGUGGGCCUCUUCAUGACCGGCUUCCACACGGGUCUGUACUGCGGUGUCGUCAUCAUCGUGGUGGUCAGCUUCUUCCACCGGCUGCGCACCGUCUGGAUCUCUGUGGCCGUGCUGCUCGGCUGGGGCCUGCUGUUCGCGCUGGCUAACCUCCGCCUCCAGAAGAGCCUGACAGUGUUCGGCACGAGCGUUCACGGCGCUGCCGUCAUCGCCGUCUCCAUGGACUUCUUCGUCGAGCAGUGGAUGAUGGCGCAGUGGGUGCUGGACAGGGUGCGGCUGGCGGAGAGCCAGCGGCCUUGCUGGUUCUCCUGGCUGGUGCUCAGCCUGUGGCCCCUGAUGACGCUGGUCGGCCUGGCUGUGCAGGGCCGCAUCACUGGUCGCGGCACACAUCACAAAGCGGUGGCGCGGCACCACCAGCCCCUGCGCGCGGUCAGCCUGCAGCGGCUGCGCUCCAGGCAUGCGAGGGAGGAGCUGCGCCAGCGCAAGUACCGAUACCUGUACCAGGUCCGCGCCGCGCACGGAGACAUCAUCAGUCAGAAAUAUGUGCUUUCACUGAACAAGAUGGCGGCGCCGGGGGACGAGUCGACUUUGCAGUCAGACUGCACUCGCGUCACGUCCGUCAACGAGCAGCCCGCCCUUACUGCCCUCUCUGAGUCGGAUUACGAAGCUGACGUUCUGAAACCGGCCGACAGGAAACCGACCCAGGGGGCCGCUGAGUCCGACUGCGAACGACGCGAGAAUGCAUACGGGGACCGCGAGCUGUGAGCGCUUAUAGGCCUCUUCAAUAGUGGCGCUGUGUUCCCAGUAAGCAGAGGUGUAGCUGCUGAAGCCGCUACUGUGUUUAAGAGGAGUUCAAUGGGACAACGUUAUCUGGGGGAGGUUGACAAUGAUGAAACGAGCGUACAUUUUAGCGUCGUCUCUAAACCUAUCCUUUUUUGUCUAAAAAUGAUCGUUUUAAAUAACAAAACCCUCUUUAAAGUACCAGGGAAAGAUGCAUCUACCGUCUAGGGGGACUUUUGGACGUCCAAACGGGUUUUUGAGGGUCAAUAAGUGACCUCGAGUCAUGUUCGGGGACGUUUUCCGUCACUUCAGCGACGACCUUAAGAGGCCUCAUCGUGUUUCGAGAGGCACCCUUAGCAGUGUUAACGGAUUGUGCGAUGUGCAUAGCCUGAUGGGUUCUUUGUUAAGAAAAAACAGAUACACUGUUCUAAUAGGAUCCUAUGACAUUACCUGAAAUGAUCAGUCUUAGAUGCGGCCAGGCUGCUCUUCGCCACCGGCCACCGUAGUAAAAUAUCUAGCGACUAGCGACGAGACAGCUGGAAAGAUCCUCAGGUGAUCAGGGGGACUCGUUGGGUCAGUAGGCCCUAUUGCUUUGGGAAAUUGUUGAGGUCGCGUGAUGGUCAAGCCCACGUUCAACACAGUUAGGGCCAAUGAAGGGUAGAUGUCAUCGAGGUUGUGAAGAGGGAUGCCCAUGUAAUGGGGGAGAUCUAAUGGGAUAUGCCCAUGUGUCUGCGUGUAAAAUGGCCCUGAUACGGUCCUGAUAUAGUUUGUGUUUUAAGACUACAAGAUAGUGUGGGUCGUAAAAGUCAGCGAUUCGGGAACCCCAGAAUGUUAAGACGGGUACUGAUGUGGUCAGAACUUGGAUGCGGCCGUCAGGGGCAAAGCUCUGAUGGCGACGAGGGGCGGGAGGUGGUCGGCUGCUGUCAGGGGUCAAAGCUCUGAUGGCGGCGAGGGGCAGGAGGUGGUCGGCUGCUGUCAGGGGGCAAAGCCCUGAUGACAACGAGGGCAAGAGGUAGUUCAUUGCUGUCAGGGGUCAAAGCCCUGAUGACGAAGGGCAAGAGGUAGUCCGCUGCUGUCAGGGGUCAAAGCCCUGAUGACGACGAGGGGCAAGAGGUGGCCUGCUGCUGUCGGGGGUCAAAGCCCUGAUGACGACGAGGGCAAGAGGUAGUUCACUGCUGUCAGGGGUCAAGGCCCUGAUGACGAAGGGCAAGAGGUAGUCCACUGCUGUCAGAGGUCAAAGCCCUGAUGAUGACGAAGGGCAAGAGACGGCCCGCUGCUGUCAGACGAUCAGUGGGACUUACCACCAGAAUGAUUUCGGGCCGCGAUGUCCAGUCUCCUGACAAAGAUACAGGGUUCAUACGAUAUCAGUCAAUGUCGAAGAGAGCUGUCAUAGCCGUCUGCCCUGUCUUUUCUAGUCCGGUAUCAAAGACCUUGCGAUACAUGCUUUACGUAUAUUUAGUCUUUAUAAAUAUAUGUAUAUAUAUAGUCUUAUAUAUACAUAUUUUAUCACAUGUUCUAGUUUUUAAA